CCUCUCUUAUUGUUGAUAUAGACUGCUCUAAAAAAAGUGCUUUAGAACUGCAAACUACUUCUCAGAUCCAUUGUGUUAGUAUUAGCAUUCCAGGAUGUGCACUCCAGGCUAAUAUUUUCCAUGCUUACGGCUGUUUGAUUUCCUAGAGACUGGGAUUUUCCUGAAGAAUGAAAUGGAAAACUUUUAUGGGCAAGCAUCCUGAAUGCCGAACUUAUGUGAAAGUACUCUUAAGUUAAAGGGAUUUUCUGUCAAUAACAAAAAUUUGCAACAAAGACUUAGAACUGAUUUCAAACCAUGGAUGUUUUAAACUCAGAGGACAGCAGCAAUUAUGAGGACUAUUAUAAUGCAGAAGGACAUGAAGAAUAUGGACUCUGCAAGAAGACACAUCUAAAGGAAUUCAGCAAUCUGUUUCUACCUAUAUUCUACUCCAUUACCUGUGCGCUGAGCAUUAUUGCUAAUUUAACCCUCCUAAUAGUGUUCAUCAAAUACAAAACUCUGAGGAAGGUGUUGCCUCUACACAUGGUCAUAUCGGAUUUUAUUUUUACACUGAGCCUUCCGUUUUGGGCAGUGUAUGCCAGCAGUGAAUGGAUCUUUGGUGAUCAAAGCUGUAAGGCAAUCACUUUGGUUUACAUGGUCAGUUUGUAUAGCAGCAAUCUCUUUGUUGCAAGUCAGAGCUUGCAAAGAUUUAUGGACAUUUUAUGUGUUGUUUCUACCAUCAGGAUCUUCAACAGUCCAAAGAGGAAUACUAUUAUGUGCAUUUUGGUGUGGCUUUUAUCAGUUUUGGCUGCUGCUGUUCAUGUCAGCUUUGUUGAGACUCAAAAGGUCCAUGAACUGAACAUUUGCACUUUCAAUUUCCACAAUAAAGUUGGUUGGAAAAUCUAUGUAAGAUUUCAGAUGAACAUACUUGGGUUUGUCAUACCAUUUUUAGUGCUCCUAUUUUGUUCAAUCAGACUAUGUGUUUCUGUGGUAAGGAACACAUUCCAGAUGUUAUAUGAAAUUGGAUUCACUGUCAUGUUUUUUCUCCUCUGGUUCCCCUACAGUGUUGUAAUUUUCUUGCAUGCUUUGCAAGACCUUCACAUUUUUUAUACAUGUUCCACUAACAUACACUUGGACUUUGCUAUUCAGGUUACAGAAUGUAUUGCUUUCAUGCAUGUUUUCUUAAAUCCUCUUUUAUAUAUAUUUUUAAACAAAAAAGUCUGGAAACGAUUGAGAAAUGCUUCCAAAACUCCAAGGGAGUAUCUGCUUGAGGAAUGCAACAGUUCAUCAAACAUGUCCAGUCAGGAUGGUGCUAUUGAGCUAAGGUCAGUUCAGCAAUAUCAAGCCCAUGACCUGAGCUUUUGUGCUGAACGACCUAAUAACUUACUACCAGAGCCAAUGUAAAAGCUUGUGAAAAAAAAUAUUAUGUUUACUGUGUGUAUCUCAGUUUAAUAAUUAUACCAACACAGAUUCCACUCCUACUCACUAUAUGGUUUAUUUCUGCAUAUAACUUUAUAUAAAUACAUAUUUUUUGCAGUUUAUAUGUUUAUAUUAGCUUGUUUAAUAUAAUUUCUUUAAUGACAAAAUUUGUUGUUGGAAU